UCCGGAUCCAUGCAGCCGGCAAUGAUGAUGUUUUCAAGUAAAUACUGGGCAAGGAGAGGGUUUUCCUUGGAUUCAGCGGUGCCCGAAGAGCAUCAGCUACUGGGCAGCUCCGCACUAAACAAAGCUAACUCUGGCAAAAGCGAUGACAAGAAAGGCAGCAAGGGAAGCGGCAGAAGCGAGGCAGCCUCUGAGAGCGGCAAGACCGCAGUUGUGUUCUCCUUGAAAAACGAAGUGGGCGGCUUGGUGAAGGCGCUGAGGCUCUUUCAGGAGAAGCACGUCAACAUGGUUCACAUCGAGUCUAGGAGGUCCCGAAGAAGGAGUUCUGAGGUCGAAAUCUUUGUGGACUGUGAGUGCGGCAAAACAGAAUUCACCGAGCUCAUUCAGUUGCUGAAAUUUCAAACCACAAUUGUGACUCUGAAUCCGCCGGAGAACAUUUGGACAGAGGAAGAAGGCAAGGAGCUGGAGGAUGUGCCCUGGUUCCCCCGGAAGAUCUCUGAGUUAGACAGAUGCUCUCACAGAGUUCUCAUGUAUGGGUCUGAGCUGGAUGCCGACCACCCAGGAUUUAAGGACAAUGUCUAUCGGCAGAGAAGAAAGUAUUUUGUGGAUGUGGCCAUGAGUUAUAAAUAUGGUCAGCCCAUUCCCAGGGUGGAGUACACAGAAGAAGAAACUAAAACUUGGGGUGUUGUCUUCCGGGAGCUCUCCAAACUCUAUCCCACUCAUGCGUGCCGAGAGUAUUUGAAAAACUUCCCUCUGCUGACUAAAUACUGUGGCUAUAGGGAGGACAAUGUCCCUCAACUUGAAGACGUCUCCAUGUUCCUGAAAGAAAGGUCCGGCUUCACGGUGAGACCUGUGGCUGGAUACCUGAGCCCACGAGACUUUCUGGCAGGACUGGCCUACAGAGUGUUCCACUGUACCCAAUAUGUCCGGCACAGCUCAGACCCCCUCUACACCCCGGAACCAGACACAUGCCAUGAACUCUUGGGACAUGUGCCGCUGCUUGCAGAUCCCAAGUUUGCUCAAUUUUCACAAGAAAUAGGUCUGGCAUCCCUGGGAGCAUCCGAUGAAGAUGUUCAGAAAUUGGCCACAUGCUAUUUCUUCACAAUCGAGUUUGGCCUUUGCAAACAAGAAGGACAACUGCGGGCCUACGGAGCAGGGCUCCUCUCCUCCAUUGGGGAAUUACAGCAUGCCCUUUCUGACAAGGCGUGUGUGAAAGCCUUUGACCCAAAGACAACUUGCUUACAGGAAUGCCUGAUCACCACCUUCCAGGAGGCCUACUUUGUUUCGGAAAGUUUCGAAGAAGCCAAAGAAAAAAUGAGGGACUUUGCAAAGUCCAUCACCCGCCCCUUCUCAGUGCACUUCAAUCCCUACACUCAGAGCAUUGAAAUUCUGAAAGACACCAGAAGUAUUGAAAAUGUGGUGCAGGACCUUCGCAGCGACUUGAACACUGUGUGUGACGCCUUGGACAAGAUGAACCAGUACCUUGGGAUCUGACGCCUGGAAGCCGCGUUGUCGGCCGUGCCAUCUUCUCGGGGCCUCGCAGCAAUUCUGUCCUUGAACGCUGGCGUUAACUGUAGCAUGCUGUUCCAUCUCUCUAUACCUGCUUGUAACUUGCUGUGUAGUAUAUAAACUACCAAAAGAACCCCAAUGGCACCUAACUACUGGUAUGACAGAGUGUGAUAUCUUUAAAUGUCUUAAGUAGAUUCGACAUUACCGCUAGUGUCCCUAACCAGACUGCAUCUAUUUAAGAUUUAUAGCAAAUAACCCUCUUCUGAUCCUAGCGUAUGCCCUUCUCUGUCUCAGAUUUGAGCCUUUUCUCUGUGCUCAUUAGAUAAAAUGAAAACAGCAGUGAAGCUAUUUCUGUUUUCAAUAAUAUCAGUGUUUUCACAGCAUUCUUUGAGAGACAACCAGAAUUGUAGGAAACUUCCCAUCACAGUAGCAAAAGAUUCAAUGUUCUGUUUCAAAAAUUGUUAACACAGUAUUUGAAAUGAGAUUUAGGUUGAGUAUUUAUACGAUGCAAAAAUGUACAGGUUGCAUUAACCUUGUAGAAACUGAAUUGUGAGAAGUUUCCUGGAGAAUUUUGGAAGCUAAGACUCCCAGAAAGGACAUUAAAAAAGACUAAACCGUGGGCAGUAAGUGUUGGGACUGUGAAUUUUAUGCUGGAAUAAAGUGAAU